ACUUGAUCCAAGGUAUAAAACUGAUGUAAUGGAUUGCUACUUUCCUGAGAUUUUUGGUGGGGAAAGUAAGACACAGAAGGAGAAGCUUCUUAGUAUAUGUCGUAAGUUGAUUGAAGAGUAUGAAGAGAAGGAAAGAGAGCAAGAAAAAGUAGACAAUGCAGUUGAAGUGAACUGUUCAGUAACUGCUACAAUUGAGAGGGAAACAACCAGCAAGUUUGCUUUGUAUGCUGCUAGAAGGAAAAGGAAGCCUACUAGGUCAGAGUUGGAUUCCUAUUUGGAGGAUGGAAUUAUACCCAACAGUCCUGAUUUCGAUGUUCUGUGCUGGUGGAAGUCCAACAGAAGUAAAUAUCAUAUACUGCAUAAGGUUGCAAGAGACAUUUUGGCUAUUCCCGUAUCUACUGUGGCCUCAGAGUCUGCUUUUAGUACUAGUGGGAGGGUGAUUUCUUCUCAUAGAAGUAGGCUGGAACCAGAUACUGUAGAAGGCUUAAUGUGUGCUCAAAGCUGGCUGCGAGCUGGUGUAACUGGAGAGAAGUACUCACUUGGUACAGUACAACAAGAUUCUGACGGAGAGACAGAGGAUGACCCUGAGUUGCAAGUAAAGGCUAUUCAAAGUUAAAAGAGGGGAGAUUGAUGUUUUAAAGGCUAGUGGAAGGCUUGCAAGUGUUGCUGUUGCAUGGAGAAUUGGAGAUUGAAGAACC